UCUGAGAGUUUUAUUGGCUUGCCCGACAGCGGCGGGAGAGGACUGGUCUAUACCCCCCACACAGGACAAAGGGAACCAGGGGACAUUAAAGGGAAAAAAAGAUAAGAGUGGAAGAAGAGAGGGAUGAAAAUGGAUAAAUGGCUCCUCACACUCGUCUUUGGGCUUUUAACGCUUGGUGGGUGCUCGGCUCGAGUGGUGACGGUGUCUCCUGGUCCGUUAAUCCGGGUGGAGGGUCAGCCGGUCUCCAUCAGAUGUGAUGUCAAGGAAUAUUCAGGACCUCGUGAGCAGGAUUUCGAGUGGAUGACGUCCAGGGAGGCAAGCGGGACGAGGACGAAGAUAAUCUCCACCUUCGACGCCAGCUACUCCCACCCGUCGAUCAGCAAGCGCGUUGCGUCUGGUGACAUCUCGGUGGUGCGGCUCAAAGACAACGAGGUGGAGCUGAAGAUCGCCGAGGUGAAGUCGCAGGACGCUGGGCUGUACUGGUGUCAAACGCCCAGCACCGACUCGGUCAUCAGUGGCAACUACGAGGCUCAGGUCCAACUAAUUGUCAUUCCAAACACCCUCAGCGUUUCACCGCAGACCCCUCCCCAAGAAGUCCCAGAAGGAAGUGAGAUCACGCUUUCCUGCAACGUCACCCGGGCCCUCACCCACCCCACCUACCUGUCUGUCAGCUGGUCGCUGAAGAACGGAGCAACCACAGAGGAAAUCUUGACAUUUGGCCCGCAGGGAGAUGUGGUCACGGGGGCAAAGUUUGCCCGGCGCUACGCCGACGGAGGCAUCCGGUUGGUCCCCGGAAGGAAUGGAGUGUUUGAACUGGUGAUAUCCAGGGUGACGACGUCUGAUGGCGGGACUUACGAGUGCAAUGGAACAGAGUGGACACAUGAAAAUGGAGGGAAAUGGAUAAAAAUCGUAGAGAACGCCAAAGAGAUGGGAACUGUUAAAGUUAUUCCUACAGGUCAGUCCCUCAGUGUGAAGGCUUCAUCCUCCUCCUCUCCCUCCUCCACAUCUCAGCUCCUCUCCCCCGGCGACACGCUGACCCUCCUCUGCUCCGUCACCGCCGACAACCUGCAGGCCCUCGCCUUGGAAGUGACCUGGCUGGCCGGCGAGCGUGACAUCGUCACCAUGGAGCGCAGCGGGGUGGUGAUCUCGAACACGUCCUCAAGCGGUGCGCAGGGAAAGCGAGGGGAGGCAAGCCUGGAGCGCACGGGAGCCGGGGAGUACAGGCUGGGGGUGAAGGGGGUGAGCGCGGAGGAGGGAGGGGAGUACACCUGCCGUGUCCGAGCCUUCAUCGACAAAGGAGGGAGGAGUGAGGGAGGAGGACGGCGGUGGCACAUGGCGUCCGAGAAGAAGUCCAGCCCCGUGACCGUUAAAGUGUCUCAGAUCAAGCCGAGCUAUACAGUGAACCUAGAACCCGUCCUGAACCCGCAGAUGACAGCUGAACCCACAGAACUGGCGUGCCACGUGACCAACAUCACCCAUUUACCCCUGGGAGGCCGACUGGGUGUCACCUGGGAGCACACCACACUCCCUGGUAUAGGCGAUGAUCCUCAGACCUCACAUCGCAUUGGCUCCCUGGACGGCAAUGGCAACCUGUUGCCGGGGUCGAUGUACUCAGACCGGCUGAAGAGCGGUGCGAUGUCUCUGACCAGAGUCCAGCCCAACACGUUCAAGCUGCGGAUCCUCCGCACACAGGAGAUAGACAUGGGCCAGUAUGUUUGCACCGUGUCUGCGUGGAGCGUCAGCAGCCAGGGUGACAUGGUGGAGACAACUGAGUACAAUAGCUCACCAACGACCGUACGAUGGGAUACCAAACGUCCGACUCUAAACGUUGUGGCCAAACGUAUCCGUGAAGCCUCAGUGGGCGGGGCUACCUUUGAGAUGAGCUGCACCGUGACCACUGAGAACCUUGGGGAGGCGGGCUACUCGGUGCUCAUCCAAUCGCAGGAGAGCCUGGAGAGCAACGUGAGGACCAUCAUGACUCUCAGCCCCGACAACGUCCUGCAGCACGGAGGAGCCACAGACCCAAACAGGAGAGACAGUCUGGUUCUGACAAAGUCCGGUCCAGCAGAGUUUCGGUUUCGUCUGGCUGGAGUCCAGUUGUCCGACAGAGGUUACUACUGGUGCGACAUCACCGCGUGGACGAAACAGCAGCCAGGACAAACCUGGACCAAAGCCACAAGCGCUGAGUCUAACAAAGUCAGGAUCGACUUUCAAGAAAAUGGCCCAUCCUUCUCCAUUGCCAUCCAAUCAGACGACACCAGUGUUUAUCCGUCGAAAACAGCCAAGAUGGAGUGUUCGCUCAGCGUCUCUGGAUCCUCGCCUAAGACUGAUGACCUGGCGUACGAGGUGCGUUGGUUUUUCACCAGGCUGCGCGGCGGACAGACAACGACCCAGGUGGCCAGCGUCGACCGCUUUGGCAUCGUGAAGGCAGAGAUCCGCAACUCAUCCAGCGAAAUUUCAAUAGAGCGCAUAGACACACACACCUACCUGAUGAACAUUUUUGGCACUCAGGACGGUGACAGCGGGGAGUAUUACUGCGUGGCCACUCCCUGGUACCUGUCGGCUUCGACGGGAGCCUGGACUCAAGCCGGAGAGCUGACGUCGUCUCGAAUCUUCCUCACUGUCCAGUUUGCUGUGUGGGACUCCCUACAGUUACCUCUCCUAUAUGGUGCAGCAGCUUCACUAGGUGUGGGCCUCUUCUCUCUGGUCCUGGGUCUGGUUUGCGCCCAGUGCUGCUGCCGCAACACCACACACACUCCUCGCUCGCGCAACAAACUGAUGGACCUGGAGAUGGACUGACAAACACUUUCCCCCGCACCCACACACUGCAGUGCUCACAGGAAACACCACACACACAACAGACACACACCCGUGGACGAUUUCUGGGACACCCAGCUGUUUCCUGGCGACGGACGUUGGGAGUAAAAUGAAAAGCCGCUCUGGAAACAGAAACCUGACUGAGGUGCUCAGGAUCUUUCAGCUCUGCAGUGGAGGAGCAGGGGACAGUUUUUUGUUUUUUUGGGUUUUUUUUUUUUGGUUUUUACAC